CCUUUUUUUUUUCUUUCACUUUUUCUUUCAUCUUGCUAUAUUCAUUUGUAUUAUCGCUGUUUCUUUUCUCUUUUACUCUUAUAUAGAAUAGAAAAACAGUGAUUCAUGUCAGGGAUGUUAAAGACAGGGUUCGUUGCAGUAAAAGAAGAUGGUCUUCGCGCUUGGAUGUGGGCAAAAAGGUUUUUACGACUACACGACCAAGGACUUGAAUUUCAUAGAAAUGAACAAGGAAAUAACUGUGUGGCCCUGGUAUUCUUAGAUACAAUUCAAGCUGUAACUAGAACUGAUCUCAAACCUUAUUGCUUCGAAUUGGUUACAAAGGAUAAGACUUAUUAUAUCGCGUGUAAAAGUGAUGAAGAACUUUAUUCUUGGAUGGAUGAAAUUUACAAUAAAUCCUCGGUUGGUGCUUCUGGUCCUACCAACUUUGUUCAUGAAGUUCAUGUUGGAUUUGAUCCUAUUACUGGUGCUUUUACGGGUUUACCUGAUCAAUGGACAAAAUUACUUCAAGGGUCUGCUAUUACUGCAGAAGAUGCUGCUAAGAAUCCUCAAGCUGUGUUGGAUGUCCUUGAAUUUUAUACCGAACAAACCAAACGUGAAGCUGAAGAAUAUGGUGAAUCAAAUCUACGUGGUGCUGUUGAAAGAAUGAGUGAUGACAGAUGGGCUGCUCUUGUUCGUGAAGCUAAAUCAUCUCCAACCACUCCUAUACCCACUCCUCAUCGACCUGCUCCUGCUCCUCCUGGUCAAAAUAUCAAUUCAGCUUCUCAACAACGACCUGAUCGCAAUAUGAAUGAUAUGAUGGAUGAUCUCUCUGUCAAUCAACGUCCUAAUGUGCCAAAACUUGAACCUCCAAGAUCUCCAAAUACCAAUGACCGAAUGCCUCCAUCACCUAGUGGUUAUCCUAGAUCACCUCGUGAUGUUAGCCCAAGGAAACCUAAUUACCCAAGACCUGAACCAUCUCCCUCUCGUUCUCAAGGUACAAACACCCAAAAAGUGCCAAUGCGUGGAAGCAGUAUCUCGACUUAUGAUAACGACCGAAUAGCUCAUGAACGAGAAAAACAACGUCAACUUGAAUAUCGGGAAAGAGAACAAGAAAAGGAACGAGAACGACAAAAGGAACGUGAAAAAGAAAGAGAACGACAAAAGGAACGCGAACGGGAAAAGGCUGCUGCUCAAGUAUCUACCAAGAAGAAGGUUGAACAACGUAUUAGUACAAUGACAGAAGCUCAAAUCAUGGAAAAGUUACGAUCCGUUGUUACUAAAGGUGAUCCCAAUGAAUUAUAUAAACGUUUAAAACGUGUUGGACAAGGUGCUUCUGGGUCUGUCUAUGUUGCUGUUUCAUUGGCAACCAAUACUAAAGUAGCCAUCAAACAAAUGGAUUUGGCAAAUCAACCUCGUAAGGAACUAAUUGUCAAUGAAAUUUUGGUGAUGAAGGAAUCGCAACAUCCAAAUAUUGUGAAUUACUUGGAUUCAUUCUUAGUAAAGAAUGCUGAUUUAUGGGUGAUCAUGGAAUACAUGGAAGGUGGUGCUCUUACUGAUGUGAUUGAUAAUAAUACUAUGACGGAACAACAAAUUGCUACCGUUUGUCUCGAGACUACUGCUGGUCUUCACCAUUUACAUGAACAAAACAUUAUCCAUCGUGAUAUUAAAUCAGAUAAUAUCUUGUUGAAUGCUCAUGGUCAAGUGAAAAUCAGUGAUUUCGGUUUUUGUGCAAAGUUGACUGAAAAUCGUAGUAAACGUGCCACUAUGGUUGGAACUCCUUACUGGAUGGCUCCUGAAGUUGUGAAACAAAAGGAAUAUGGUGCCAAGGUUGAUAUUUGGUCUCUUGGUAUUAUGGCUAUUGAAAUGAUUGAAAAUGAACCACCUUAUUUGGACGAAGAACCUUUGAAGGCCCUUUACUUGAUUGCUACCAAUGGUACACCUACAUUAAAGAAUCCUGAAAAACUUUCUCGUGAACUCAAGAGUUUCUUGGCCGUUUGUUUAUGUGUGGAUGUACGAUCUCGAGCUACUGCAGGUGAAUUACUUGAACAUGAGUUCCUCAAAAAAGCUGGUCCUCUAGAUAUUUUAGCACCUCUUUUGAAAUUCAAGUCAUCUUCAAGGCAUUAAUUUAGUUUUUUUUUUUUUAUCUCACUUUUUUUUAUGCCAUUUAAGUUUAUUUAGCUAUCAUCAUGCUUCCCUCACUCUUAUUUAUGAUCAGUACUUUUGUAGAUUCGCCUUAUGUUUCCUUUGUGAAAAUGAAAUAAAGAUUUUAUUUGACAGUGUUUUCAAAUUUUUUUAUAGGGUCACAAGGAAAAUAGUUUCCUGAUGCUAUAAAAUAAAAUAUCGUACUUUACCGAAAGGG